GCGACAAAAUGGCAGCGCCCAUGUGUUUUUGUGUCUGAUUUCGGUCCAGCGAAGCCACACGGCUCUGAGCGAAGCGAGCGAAGCUGCCUACACGUAACGUUGCUACACGUACUACAACCUCGUCGACGUACUAGCACCCCUAGCACACUGGUCCGGUGCCGUUUUCAGCGGUCGUAUCGGAGGAGAUUGAGCAAAAGCCCGUGCUGCAAAACCCAGGGCUCCUGGGUUCUGACCCCACUGCUACCCGUUUUGAUCUGGAUGAGCAUAUUAUACGGAAUAGACAUGGCUGGAAGCAAGUUACCCAUUGGGCUCAUCGUGCCCACCGAACAUUUUGACGGACAGGCGACCCAAGGGAACACCACAUGCCCAGUGAUCGCCGGAGAGGACAAGUUUGGGUGCUGCUUCUGCAUCCUCACCACCGCCAACCCGCGUAAACUGGUUGGACACCUGACGGACCUCGCUUGCCAACCGUUUGAGAGGUUUGAGUGCCAGCCCUGCUCGAAGACCUUUCCCAACAGGUGUGCCUUCACGAGACACCAGAGGAUGCACGCAGAGGGAAGACCGUUCAAGUGUCCACACUGUACUGCAGUGUUCCGCUUCAACCAUGACCUGGCAGUUCACAAGGUAAAGCACGCCGGUGAAAAACCCUGCAAGUGCACAAUCUGUCCGAAGGUGUUCGCUCGAAGCUCGGACCUUGCGGACCACCUUCAGGCGCACACAGAUGAAAAGCCUUACGGGUGCCUGGAUUGCCCCGAGGCCUCCAAGAACCACACCAACCUGUGCCAGCAUCUACGAACUCGCACGAGAAAGAAGCUUUACGGGGGACAUCUGUGCCCUGUGUCAAGAACUAAGCCGUGCCACCUCAUUGUUUAUGGCCGUACCGGCACUGGUGAAAACCACACAAGUGCACAAUCUGUGUGAAGGCAUUCUCCGAAGUGUCGGUUCUCAGGAACCACUUGCGGGUACACUCUAGGGAGGACGUUGGAAACUUUCGUCGAACUGUGGAUUCGACUUCGACAUCAAACUUCGAGGGCCGCUUGACUGGUUUGGCGAAUUUUCAAACUUUUAGCAAAGUUCAACGUAUGGACAGUGGUGCCCGAAUUCUACACACACAUUAAAAGUAUUGCUAAUAUAAAAGCAAAUUUUUGUAUUUUUAACGCCUUGAUAUUUUUUUAUUGAAACAAUAAAAGAUAUACCGAACAAA